AUGGCAUCAGAAAAUGGCACUGAACCAGGAAUUAGUGAUAGUGGAUGUUCGAAUAGAAACGUUCAAAAUUCUUUAUUGACGCCGUCUGUUUCAAAUUCACUAAGACAAUCAGUAGGAAAUGAAUCGUUAGCUUUCAGAAGUCGUGUACAUAGUCCAUCAACAUCAUCGAAUUACAAUGAAAUUUUAACUGUUCUGGCUGCACCACAGAAAGCAUCACGGCAGUAUAGUGCUCAAGGUGGUCGGAUGUUGCAUACCGAUUCGCACAGUUUUAUUCAUUUCCAACGGUUUCGUCGUGUCGCCUUUUGGUGCUGCGUAGUUUCAUUCCUUUUAGAUAUUGGUCUUGGUCUAACAGCAUUCAUUAAUUGUAUUCGAUCGAAAACAUUCGUCGGCUUUUCGUAUUCAGUAGAUACAUUGAUGGAUUCGAUAUGCACAGCUUUCGUUGGAUGGCAUUUAACAGCACAGAAGGUUGCCGAUAUGCAUCGUCGUGAUCGAUUAGCUUGUUGUGUUAUCGGAGCAUUGUUCAUUGGUUCAUUUCUUGCUAUUGAAUCACGAUCAAUUCAAAAUAUGAUCCUAGCUAAAUCCGUUCGUCCUGAUCUUGUUGUCUUUACCUACUCAUUAGUUCACAUUGUUGUCUUUACAUUAUUAUCGAUUAUAAAAAUUUUUCUUAGUAAACAAAUUAAAUCAACAGCGUUGAUGGCUGAUGCAUUGAACUCGUUGAUCGGGUUAAUUAUGGCUUUUCCAUUGUUGUUUUGGGAUCGUGUGACGUUUUUGAAUAAGUUCGCACAUUUGGAUGAUCUUGUUCAAGUUUUGAUGGCUUUGUUUUUAUUUGUUACUGGCUGGAAGUUAAUCCUAGAUUCAAUUACGAAAAUGAAUGCUGAAUAUGCGAGACAUUUGCGAGAAGGAAAACUACGGCGAAUGUUAAAAGAAUAUAACGAAGAAACUGACGUUGAUAUUGAUACCGUGGACAAUGACAAUCCACGUAUAUCUAUAGCACCGAUUUUUGGUACUCGACGAUUUUCUGUGAUUUCAAAUCGUGAAAUAAAAUAG